UAGUAAAUCCAUCUCCCUGUACGAGGCUGAGCAAUUAUAUCCAUUCUGGAAUGGCUUGCAGAGUUGGCAAGGCCCUCCACUUCCCAAAAACACAAAAGAACAGUGAUUCAUGCUCUCUCUCUCUCUCGGCAGUUCAGCUGCUCCAAUCCUCCUUACCUAAUUCACCCUCUCUCUCUCUCUCUCUCUCUCUCUCUCUCUCUUCACCCAAACUAAAGACAAAAGAGAAGAAGAAUUUUCUUUCUCUCUCUUUCUCUCUCUCGCUCAUAAAUUCAUAAUAACUUCUUCAUUUAGUUCGCACUGAUUCAUUCAUUUAUGUCUCUCGCAUAGCUUGAGAGAGAGAGAGAGGGAGAGAGAAAUGCCGCUGGUGAGGUUGGAGGUGAGGAACGAGUACGCGCUGGGGCAGCCGGAGCUCUACAAAGAGGUGGACAGAGAGGAUCCCAAAGCUGUGCUCGAUGGUGUGGCCGUCGCUGGCCUUGUCGGGAUCUUGCGCCAGCUCGGCGAUCUUGCGGAAUUUGCAGCAGAGGUAUUUCAUGGCUUGCAGGAGCAAGUGAUGACUACAGCUUCAAGAAGCCAUAAACUGAAGGCUCGUGUCCAGCGCAUUGAAGUUGCACUUCCUCCCCUUGAGAAGGCUAUACUGGCCCAAACAAGCCACAUACAUUUUGCUUAUACUGCCGGUUCUGAAUGGCAUCCUCACAUCCGAAAUGAACAAAAUCACUUCAUCUACAAUGACUUGCCACGGUUUAUUAUGGAUUCCUAUGAAGAAUGCCGUGAUCCUCCACGUUUGCACUUGCUUGACAAAUUUGAUACUGGUGGUCCAGGAUCUUGUUUAAAGAGAUAUUCAGAUCCAACCUUCUUUAAAAAAGCAUCAGUUACCUCUGGUGAAGUGACUACUGGAAAAAUUCAAAUUGACAAGAAGGCUCGUAGAAGCAAGAAAAAGAGGUCUUCACAUGGGAGUGGACAAUUAUUGCGAGGUGCAUCAAUAUCCAAUGGCAGUAGCAGAUUGCAGUUUGCUUCUCCAACUAUUAAUGGGCAGACUUCUCCUUUGCAAACUGCCUCAGCUGUAGACAUGAAGUCAAACUCUGACCUGGGAGACCACUCAAAUUCUUUUGAUUCAAGUGGUCUGCCGUGUACUUCUCACAUUGUUAAUAGGCGGGCUUCUCCUUCUCAAACUGCCUCCACAGUUGACAUGACGUUGAAAUCUGACACUGGAGACUAUUCACAUUCUUUUGAUUCAAGAACUGGCUCAGGAUAUAUCGAAUGUGUUUUCCAUCUAAGUUCUUCCAUGCAACCUGAACAACAAGAAUCACCCUCUUCUCGGUUGAUGCAGCAGAAUGAAACACUUGAUUCAGUUUUUCCUGAAGAACAAACUAAGGCUGUAGAUUAUAACAGUCCAAGCAAUUCAUUACAAGAGCAAAUUGCCUCCAGUUCUUCUUGUGUUACCUGGGAUGAAAAGGCAGAGAUAGUGGAGCCUAGGGGUGAGCAAAGUGAUGGUGAUGAAGCUCCAGAUAUGCUCUGGAUGAAGUCUAACACAGAUAGCCAUGGAGGGAGAGCUGUUGACUUUACAAAUGUUGAUCAAACGGAUAGUCUGCUUGAAAACAGUCUCCAGUCAAUCUCCAGCCGGAAUCAGAUUGAUGACAUUGAAAGUGAACCGGACAAUUACAUGGAUGCACUCAACACCAUUGAAUCAGAAUCUGAAAAUGAUCUUGACAGUCAAACAAAAAGAGAAGUUGAGCGGUAUGCCUCCUGCAUCAAUGAUGAAGGAAUAGAUGACAUCCAUGAGCUUCAUGUGAAUAGUGCAGACCAUAGUCCUCCAGAAUUGGAAUCUGAUACUGCAUCCUGCAGUUCCUCAACUGAAGGAAUGCCAUCAAAUAUAUCCAACUCAAUUUCCCCAGAGAGUUUUGCGCAUGAACAGAUGGUAGUCAGUGAUUUAUACCAUUCAGUAGAAGAAAUGCCUCAAAUUGCUAAAUUGUCUUCUAAUUUAGACAAUUCAGUAGCCAGUGAUUUUGGUGGAAGUGCUGAUGUUCUUGAUGGUUCCAAUUUAGAACCUGUUAUUAGUGGUUCAUUAGCCUCUGCCUCCAAAAUUUCUGAUUUCAGAGAUCCAUCGAGGGAUAAGAUCAUAAGCAAUUUUUGUGAGUCUCAAGAAACUCCUGGUGACUUUUCUGGUGUUCAUUCAAUUAAGUUCUGGACUAACGGUGGCCUGUUAGGACUUGAGCCAUCAAAACCUCCUGAUUACGCGAUGCCAACCGCUGUGGGUCCGGAUUCAAGGAACAGAAGUAAAGAUGAGACAGUUUGCCCUUCGGAGCACAGUUGCAUGCUUAAAGGUGAUGAUGAUUAUGAAGGAGAGAAAGAUAUAUUGGCAAAGAGAGUUGGAGGCAUUGAAAAGGAUUCGAGUUGUGUAUGCUCCACAUCAUGCCAGGAUGAUCAAGAGGAGGGUGUCUCCACCAAGAAGACAGAUAGGGGACUUUCACAAGCUGGUUCAGAUGCCAAAUGUGAAAAGUUUAGUGUAAUGGCACCUAAAACUAUGGUGCCAGUUGCACCAGAUAUGAAAUCCAUCUCUGCUGAAGCCAGUAGCGGGAAUGAUGAAAACUCAUCUCUAGUGUUUGGACUAAGCCGAAGGUUACUAGCAAAUGGUUUGUCUAAAAAAGUUUCACUUGUUCAUGAUGACAAUCCUGAACUUGGAAGUUCCGUGAAUGCUGGUGGAUUAGAGCAAUGUAGUGGGCAGAAUAGAGUUGUGAAUCAAAAAAUUCCUGAGACAACUUUUGAAGAGCAGUUUGGACACGGGUCUCCCAUAGAUUCACUUACUUCUUCACCACCACUUGAACAUAUGAAAAUAUCUUUCCAUCCCCUGAAUGGCUUUGAGACUUCCAAAUUGAAACUGAAAUUUCCUGAUGGGAAUCAAUGUUUUGAAGGCGUAAGAGACAUGUUUCCAUCAUUUCAGUUGGUCCCUGAGCCUGAUAUACCUUUGAAUGACUUUGGCUUUGAGUCUGACGAUGACACAUUUUGUAGAUCAUCACCUUGCAAAUCAAGUGAUUGCCAUAGCCAUUACUCUGAGUCAAAUUCUGAGCAGUGGGAAUCUGGUGAAACUCCUGAAAGAAAGGAUCUUGAACUAUAUGAUGCCUUAUGUGGAAUUUCAUCAGCAGAAUCUAUGGUAAGCUCUCUGGAGCUUGGGGGAAUGGCCAAUAAUGGCAUCUGCAUUGAUGGUGGAACUAAAAGUGUGGACAGCAGGAAUGGUGUGGAACAAUCAUUGUCUGGUCCUUUCCUUGACCUUCCCAAUUUUGAUACUGUGAACCCUGUACUUCAGCAAGAAACAAAUGAAGAUUAUAAGUUGGAAUGUUCUGGACAGUCUACCCCACAACCGCCACCUCUCCCUCCGGUACAAAAGCAUGUAUCGAAACCCGACUUGGAUGUGACAGAAGACAAACUCGAUGAUGUAUCGGAAACUCUUACACAUGCAUUUGAUCUGAUACUUUUGGAAUCUGCCGUGCUUCAGCAACCUAAGCCAGCCCCAGCAAAGCAACAACAUACUAAUAAGGAGGCCGCUACUAUAGAACAGAAGAGCAAGCAGCAGGACGAGCAGAAGUUGAAUGGGCAAAAAGAAGCUAAUCAAGCUUUGAAUGGCAUGGGGAUGGAUGAUAGGGAAGAUUUCCUACAACAAAUCAGAUCAAAAUCAUUUAACCUGAAAAGCACGAUGUCAACAAAGCCAACAAAUACGGCAGGACCCACGACCAACGUGAAAGUCACUGCAAUUUUGGAAAAAGCAAAUGCAAUUCGCCAGGCUGUUGGGAGUGAUGAUGGGGAUGAUGAUGAUGAUACCUGGAGUGAUGCCUAAUUUAUUUGGCUGGGUCCAUGGUAAACAAUUCUCUUGUGAGGCUGCGUUAUAUGUAUAUGUGAAUAAUCCUAGUUUCUUUUUGUAACCAAUUGUAGGAUUCUUUGUAUCUAAUUGUGAUUAUUUAAUUGAUUCCUUGUUAAAUCUGUUGUAAACAAUUAGAUAAACUCUUGAGGUUGAACAAAAUGUAAUCUACAUAAUUGAGGCAAUAGUUUAUACAUAAUGCCUGAAAUUAUGAUGGUUACAUGGGCUUUUAUGUAUUUUUUUUGGUUUCUCCUUUGUACUGUCCUCCCUCUUUAUUUAUCUUUUAUCAGAAUGCUUUCCUAAUCUAGAAUAACAACUUUACAGAAA